UACCGAUGGUCGAAAGCAGGGCGGCGUGCUUCUCGUUAGUACGCAGCGAUUCGAGCUACGACAAGUACAUACACCGUCGGCAGUUGGAUUUGGUUCUGGCCGCGGGUUCUCGCCUGGAGGUUGUAGUAGAAGAAGCGGAUGGUUCGUUGGUGCCGAUAGACGUGCAACACCCACCACUGGCGGUGAGCUUGGGCCUUAUUUCCAAUGCAUGCUUUGUAGUGUCCUCUACGACCGGGGCGGCACAAUCAUAUUCUGGUGGACACAUUGGAAUUGGUAAUGAGUGGUCAAAAUGGAACUUUUAUAAAGCAGAUUAUCAUUUAUUAUACACGCGUUUGUUAUCAGUAGACUGGGGUACGCUAUACAGCCUGAGCGACGUGGAUGAGAUGGUUGUAUAUUUUUACACUGUGAUUUAUGGUAUUUUGGAUGAAUGUGUACCUAAAAAAUCUCUUUUGACGGUGAACAGAAAUUCAAGAUAUAAAUAUCCAGCGUGGUAUACCAAAGACUUAAUUGACCUGAUCAAAAAGAAAGCUCGACUCCACAAACGAUACAAACAAACCAAAACGACGUGUGAAUACCAGGAGUUUUCUAAAUGUAGAAAAGAUGUAAAAAAUAGCAUAGAAAGUGCAUAUAAAUUCCAUUUAGAUAAAAUACAAAACCAAUUCUCGAUUGAUCCAAAGUCUUUUUGGCAACAUGUUAAGGAUCACACACGACCAUUAAAAAGGGAAGGUAUUGUAAAAGAUGGAACAAAUUUAACGGAGGAGGAGAGUGCUAACGAAUUUGCCCAGUUCUUCAAAAGUGUGUACAGUACCGAGACGCCACAACUUGAUGUGAAUGCGGCAGCAGCAUAUGGGACGAGCAGCGCCCGUGUUCACUUAGAUGAUUUCACCUUGCGGGAAGUGAGUGAAGCACUGGUGCGCCUCAAACCUAAGCGUUCGGCCGGUCCUGAUGGCCUACCACCUUUUCUUUUUAGGGACUACGAUAAAAACGUCAGUAUCAAAACAAAUAAAACUACGAACAUUAACGUCAACGAUGCCUAUGAGAAGUUAUUGCUUCCAAUGGGCACUUAUAACUCUACUGCCGCCGACAUCUUUAUCUAA